AUGUCUAAUCGUGAUUAUUAUGGGGAUAACGCUCCAGAGCAACCGAGAAUGGAUGAGUUCCAACACUUCAAUUCAAUGAGUACCUCAAACGGGAGUUCGGUCUCGGGGCCGGUUCCUGACGGCGUCGCAUGUCAAGACAAGGCGUCGAUCUACCAACAGACCCGCUGGGACGACCAAAUACAAACAGGCGCGCCUAAAAGCGAUACGAAUGGUGAAAGAGGUAUGGGCGCAACACUAGUUGGAGGAACCGGAGGUGCUUUUGUCGGACAUCACGUUGGUAAGAAGUCAGAGCAUGGAGUACUUGGAGCAAUUGGCGGGGCCAUAGCUGGAGCCGUUCUUGCCAACAUGACAUCAAAUGCUGUAAAGGGCAAUCAUCACGGGCGUGGGGAUCGCCGACGAGAGCGCUUGGAGCGGAAGAUGGAUAGACUUGGCCUGAAAUGA